CUUGAGCGGUUCUUCAAGGACAUCAACGCUGACUGUGGAACAUCGAAGCCAGUCUUGUUAUGGAAUACAGCAAGACUUGUGUUCCGGAAAUACUUGAAAGACAAAGAUGCGAUGAGACGUUUCUUCUUGAGCGGUUCUUCAAGGACAUCAACGCUGACUGUGGAACAUCGAAGCCAGUCUGCGACGUUGCAUCAAAGUGCCCGAACAAAACGUUAUCACUUGCACAGACUGUCUGCGAAGAAAGCUUUAUGAGGGAACACGGCCUCGUCCUUCCCCUCGAAUAUGUGAACAAAGAGGCGAACAAAUGGUACUGCUGUAUGAUGCAGUACAGCCAGAAUUGUCUUCAGGACACGCUGAAACAACAAGGAUGCGAUUCCGAAGACUUUUUGCAGGGUUUCACUCGGAAAGUUGAGACUCAAUGUGGAACGUCCAAGUCGUUCUGCUCUGCUCAGUGUAAUAACAACACGUUAUCCCAUGCCCAGUUUGCGUGCAGCGAGAGAUAUAUGCAGAUCCAUGUGCUGAAUCCUGAAAAACCGGGACAAUUGAGCCCGGAUGCUCAGAAACGUUACUGCUGUAUGAUGGAAUACAGCAAGACUUGUCUACCGGAACUACUCAAACAACAAGGGUGUGACGACACAGGUUUUGUUCAGCUCUUCAUCCAACGAAUAAAUAGAAAAUGUGGAACAUUUAAAUUGGACUGCGUCCCUGUACCGAAGUGCGCCCCAAAAGCAGUAUUCAAUGCAGAGAACGAUUGCGCCACAAAAUACAAGCAGUUGUACGGCCUUACUACGCGAAAACCUGAUGAGAAGCAAAAGCCGGCAGGUCUGAGCCCCGAGAUUGACAAGCAGCGGUGCUGUUCCAUGGAAUACAGCAAGAAUUGCGUUACGGAAGUACUAAAGGACAAACGAUGCGGUGAUGAAUUCAGCGCAUCUUUUCUUGAGCAGAAAAAGAAGAUAAUGGCAAAUCUGUGUGGUACGUCAAAAUUGGACUGUGAAUUCGACAAAAGCAAGAGUGCUGGGUGCAUGAAGUAUCCAGCAUGGACUCUGGCAGCAGCCGUCAUUGUGGCUUCAGUGAUGAAGGUAGUGUGACGUCAGUUGUAGUGAGAAAAAGGAUCUACUGGUUUCCAUUUCGCUUGUUCGGGCCAACUGAUCACAAUAAAUAUGGUUGUGUGACCGACCUACUGCA